CGGGCGCUGCCGCUGGGUGUCGCCCUCGCAGCGGGGACGGCCCCGGCGGCGCCACCACCUCCGGGGCCGGCGGCCCGCGGGAGCCCAGCCCGGCGGCGGAGGCUCCGGCGGAGACGAAGCAGUGUGCCGUACCGUGGUGCAGACUCGCUGGAAAACACUGAAGUUUUCAUCUCUGUUAUCCCCAGCCAGAGGCUGCCCUGAAAGACACAGCUGUAAAAUGUUCAUCAGAAAAAAAUGAAUGACAGAUCCCUGAGAAUUGGGUGGUGGAAGAGAAGUUAGCCUUCAGCUGUGCAGGAGGGUGGAGCAGGUACUUCAGAAGGAGAGAAAAUCUGCAGGGAUCUGGCCUCACUUGUCCCAGUAUCAAGGGGGAACUUCUGUGGGGUUGGGUGCCAAGAGCUACGCUCGUGUGGUUGUGAAAACUGAUCUCUACUUCCUACAAGGUCCAGAAGAUGGCAUAGGAACAGCAUCACCUUCCAGGGAGCUGGGGUCCUUUCUCACCUCCGUGCAUGCUGCGUGAACGGACCUGAAGCCUUUGUUUUUGGACUGAAGAAACCUGUGCACUGCUUGCCUUGAAAACCUUCCUCUCCUAAUUCAUGAGCCAGCAGGAUGUGGUCGCUGUGCUUUCAGAACGGCUUCUCAUAGCUGCGUACAAAGGCCAAGUGGAUAAUGUGGUGCAGCUUAUCAACAAGGGUGCCAAGGUAGCAGUUACCAAGCAUGGCCGGACCCCCCUGCAUCUUGCUGCCCACAAGGGUCACCUCCAUGUUGUCCAGAUUUUGUUGAAAGCAGGUUGUGACCUGGAUAUUCAGGAUGAUGGCGAUCAGACAGCAUUGCACCGGGCUGCUGUCGUAGGGAACACCGAUGUCAUUGCAACUCUCAUCCAAGAAGGUUGUGCUUUGGACAGACAAGACAAGGAUGGGAAUACCGCUCUUCAUGAAGCCUGUUGGCAUGGAUUCAGUCAAUCUGCCAAAGUGCUCGUUAAGGCAGGAGCUAAUGUGCUUGCCAAGAACAAGGCAGGUAACACACCUCUGCACCUGGCUUGCCAGAACAGCCAUUCCCAGAGCACUCGUGUUUUGUUACUUGGAGGAUCUCGAGCAGACCUCAAAAACAAUGCAGGAGAUACCUGUCUGCAUGUGGCUGCUCGUUAUAAUCACUUGCCCAUCGUUAGGGUGCUGCUCAGUGCUUUCUGUUCUGUCCAUGAAAAGAACCAGGCGGGAGAUACGGCGCUCCACGUGGCUGCUGCCCUAAAUCAUAGGAAGGUGGUGAAGCUGUUGCUGGAGGCAGGGGCUGAUACGUCAGUUGUCAACAAUGCAGGUCAGACCCCUCUAGAGGUCGCCAGACAGCACAAUAACCCCGAGGUUGCUCUUCUGCUCACUAAAGCAUCCCAGGUCUCACGCUUCAAUCGAGGAAGAAGCCUGAGGAAAAAGAGGGAGAGGCUGAAGGAGGAGAGGCGAGCUCAGUCGGUGCCACGGGAUGAGGUGGUACAGAGCAAGGGCAGCGUCUCGGCUGCUGACGACUCCCAGAGCAGCGACCAGCCACCACAGAGGAAAAUAGAUCUGAAGGAUGAGCCCCGGUCAGCCUCUCCGGAUCCCAAAGGGAAGAAGAGCAAAAAGAAAAAGCCAAAGGAGAAGGUUUCAGCGCUCUCCGACCCCACUUCCCCGGCCGAUCAGCAGACACUCCCUCGGCCCCAGCAGAACUUGCCUAAGCGCAGAAGUAAACAUCACUGCUCCUCUCCGCCGCCUCCCCACGAGGUCCGAGCCUACCAGCUGUACACCCUCUACCGAGGGAAGGAUGGGAAGGUGAUGCAGGCGCCAAUAAAUGGAUGUCGUUGUGAGCCCCUGAUAAAUAAACUGGAGAAUCAGCUGGAGGCAACCGUGGAGGAGAUAAAAGCUGAGUUUGGGACAGUACAAGAUAAGAUGAAUAUUAAGCUGGGCCAGAUGGAAAGCAAAACUCAACAUCAACUCCGUGUUUUAGACAAGCUGAUGGCAGAGCGGCUGUCCGCAGAGAGAACAGAGUGCCUUCAUCGCCUGCAGCAGCACACGGAGCUGGAAAAAAACGAGGGAGAGAAACGGCAGAUGUCCCUGGUCGAUGAGCUGAAGACCUGGUGCAUGCUGAAGAUUCAGAAUCUGGAGCUGAAGCUUUCUGGAGAUUCCAGGUCAUCGAGACCCAAAUCAACGCUGUCCACCUGUGAGUCCCUGGCCGAGACCCUGGACACGGAGAACAACCCCCACAGCGCCAAGGACUGCAAAGCCCCCCAGCCCCUGCUGCAGUCGGAGGGCUCCCACCAGCACUCCUGUGCCACCCUGCCCAACAGCCUCUCGGAAGACGGGGGAAGGAGCAGAGGCCCGGGGCCAGAACAGAGCUUCGGACAACAGUUCUGCGUGCAGCAGGAUGGUGCCUCAGGUACAGCCCUGUCAGGUGCAGAGCAGCAGCUGAUCCCUGCUGGACCAGCGGCUUCUUCAGCCCCCGCUCCAGACGUCCGGCCAAAGGACAAAGCCGGCAGUGCCAGCGCAUUCCAGAGGUUUCAGCAGGAGCUGCCCCCCGCCGAGCUCGUGGGCUCCAAACUGCGACACGUAAAGGUUCAGGCUGCUCUGCAGCCCUUGGCCGAGCCCCCAAAGGCCGACCCGCAGAGCAGCUACUUCAUCGACAGAGGAACUCAGACGAAGAAAUCCAGCAAGGGCGGGCAGCCGAGGCACAAAGCGCUGCACCACGCGGGGGCUCAUCAGAGCCAGGAGCCACCGCUGCCCGCAGGGCAGCCGCCCGCCCCUCCGCUCAGAGACACCUCGCAGGCCCUGGAGAUAACCCAGUACUUCUUUGAGGCCGUUUCCACUCAGAUGGAGAAGUGGUACGAACGGAAGAUUGAGGAAGCCCGGUGCCAAGCUAACCAGAAAGCUCAGCAAGACAAAGCUGCGCUCAAGGAGCACAUCAGGAGCUUAGAGGAGGAGCUCAGUAAGUUAAGGACUAAGGUGCAGAAAGACAGCUAGCAUUCACCAGGCGGGGCAAGGCGAGCAGCAGGACUCACUUGGGAACCUGCUGUGCAGGAAUCUGGGCUACUCUAGAUACGUACUUGUAGUGCCUGGCACGUCCAAACAAAAUGCUCUUUUUUCAGGAGUAGAAAUAACUUUGGCAACUCCAGAACCAAGGAGCUUCAUAUGCAGACUAUACCCAUGACCAGAUGCUGCAGAUUAGAUCCUUUCCUCGUUAUUUCCCAGAGCCCGUUAUAUUUUGCACUCCCGAUUUUCAGGUGCUGCUUGAAAACAUAUUGCAUUAUAAACCAAAACCACGUUCAGGAAAGGGAAUUUUAUUUCCACGUAAGUCAGGUGCGGCGAGAGGGUUCCGCUGUACACCUCACAUAAACCUGAUACCAAUACUGAAAUAAAUCCCAGCUGUUUGAGAGCUUUUGGCUGGGUCAGCAGUGAUGCAGCGACUCCUUGGUGCUGAAGGGCUGUUGAUCCUGCUGCAGCUACUCCCCACGGCCUCUCUCUGGUCAGCAGAGCAAAGCUCAAGUGGGGAAAAGUGCGGGUCUCCUGGGGGGAGAGGCCAAGCACCCUCUGAGGUGAGCUGCCCCGUUAGGUACGGCGGCUUCUGUUGCCACGUUGCUUUUCUUUCGGUUUACAUUAUUAAAAUAAAUGCUAAAUUAGGCUUUUUUAAUGGUGUCCUGGCAGCAAAGCUCCUCGUGGUUACGCAGCUGUGGGGGCCGUAUCGAGUGAGCCGACUGAGCAGUUUUGUUUAGGGCAUGGCUGGCAAGUAUUUCACCAUCACCACACUCUACUUGCUAAGGGUAGUUUUUAUGGAAAGCGCUUUUCCUUCAAGCAGCAAGUGGCUGAAUUCGCUGAAGAAGCUUGAAAGCCGUCCUGUAAGGAAGUGGAAGCUUGGUUCCCUGUAUGCAGACAUUUCUUUUUCUGUAGGGUCAGGCUUUCCUCCCAGCUGCCUUGUCUGGACUGUCUUCCUUUGUUCCCUCGGAACGAUUCUGCUCUCUGUUCCCCUCCACCCCCCCGUAUCUCUAAAGACUGGGCCCUGGUGAAUCGCCAGGUUUCAGGACUGCUUUCACACAGUCCCACAAAACAGAACUCAGCAACAUUUUUCCAAUUUUUAUGGAUGUUUUGCAAUAAAAAUCAAAGCUUGCAAUGACUGUUUCUGACAGCCUCCAAGUCGUAAUUCACAGAGGGUUGCUUUCAGUUGUGUUCGUUCCAGCAGUAACCCCUAAAUUCAUCAGCCACGUCUGGGUCCCGGUGUGCUGCGUGAAGAGAGGCACCCUAACUCGUACCUGCCUCCCUGCAGGGUUCCGUGUACCUCUGGGAAGGCUCCACGGGAUGCUCUUGAUACGAGUUAAUGUGCUGAACAGCCGGUGACGGAACACUUGUACAAAACCAAUUCAAAUACGAGAUGGUACCAGAUGCCAAGGAGAAAGAUACGUAUUUUCUUCUAUGCCGUGGAGCCCCCAAAUUAAUACAAAAUACUUUCCAGUAUUGACGAUACCAUUAACAAAUUAGCAGAUAAGCUUUUUGUGUUCUUAGCAGAUGUAUAAAGCAAAGAAGAACUGUAUUAUAUAACUAUUUUUAAAAACUCCUAUUAAUGCACUAUCGAAGCAAGACGUGUGCGUGCAGUUAUGGCAACACUAGGUUUAUUGCUCUGACUUCCGUAGUCAUAUAGACACUUUCGUAUGUUUACAAUUUUGUUUAAGCUACUGUAGGAAUGCAGAAGCAUGCUAUUUAAGUUUUACAUCCCCUUGAUAAAGUGACUUGUUUUGCCAAGUAAUUAAAAUAAGUGUUGCUCAGAA